AUGGAGGACUUGGAUGUCGCAGGCCAGCGUACCUUCCGCCUCCUCCUCCUCAUUGUCGCCUUCGUCCUCUGCGGGCGCGCGCGUCCCAUAUCCCCAACUAUCCGUGUUUAUCUUUCACCAGCCAAAACCACGAUCACCCACUCGUCACAACUUGUCCAAGAAAUUAAGACGCCGAUGUACGCGCUCACCUCCGAAGAAGACAAGAUCCUUCGACCUGUCAGGGUGCGCCGCGACCCUGCGCGCCUCCACCUUGUCGUCCGCGUCGAACGCAUGACCGCCUCGAAUUCUGCGGUCCUCGAGUGUGAGAUCAUGGUGCCGUGGCAUCCUCGCGGCAUGCGCGCGCUCCUCUGCCGCGAGACGCUCCCCUUCGUCUCGUUUGCGCUGCGUUUCUUCUUCUUGCUGCAGAUGUGCCGACCGACCGAUAGGAAGGGAACAAAGGCGUCAGCUCAGAUCCUCUCAACACGCCGUUCAGAUGGACAAGGCCCCGAAGGCAACGAUAGAAGCGGCAGGAGCGGAAAAGAGAAGAGAUGGCUCCAAUUUCCAAACUCGCGGCGGUUCCCGCCGAAGCUGCGUCCAGACAUUGCCCGCGGUGUCGGUUUAAAUUCCAACUGCCUCCUCCUGUAUUUUACUUUUGUCACGCCCGCAUCCCAAGUUGCCUUCGUCGCUCCUUCACCAGCGCUGGUCGCUCUCAAACUCGUCAUACCCAUGCCGCGCUACUCACUUGAUGGUCCUCUCUCUCGUAAUCUUCCCCCAAGGGAUCCACGACUUCGAGAGGAUCGCAGUUCUUCUCCUAAUCAACCGGCUCGGAAGCCCAAGAUAAAGAAAGGAAAAACGCAACCUAAGAAAGUAAAUCUUGUUGUUGAUUCGGAACGUGAAGGAGUCGAGUCUCCUAACGAUGGCCAAGGUACCUUGUGGAACCAUGCACCCUCGAAAAAUAACAACGACCGCCCGCUCAAAGAGGUAUCGGCCGUGCCCGACCCUGCUCCUGACUCUAGCGGAAACCUCAACACAACAUUCACGUCGACUCUGGCACAACAGAGCUCUCCUUCUGAGCCCGUGGCUGGCGGACCGUCAAAAACGGUCAAUCUGCUGUUACCUAACAUCUCUCUAGCCCCUACAUUACCCGAAGCGCCGCUGCCAGCCAUUGUGGUGACAUCGACCUCCAUCACCUCAGUCUUCAUCACAUCUAUUCCUUCACCCUCAUCGAAUCCCGCUAGCGAUACCAAACACAAUGUUCAGUCCAAUACAACUCAUCACUUCUCGACUGUCAUCAUCAUCCUCUUAGCCGUGGGGGCCGCCUUUCUCUUGGUAGCUGCCUUCAUACUAUUCCGCCUCUGUACUCGCCAGAAAAAACGGAUCCACCUAAUCCCUUCCCUGCCCAUUCUCCAAGAAGCGCUUUCGAACGAAAAGUUCGACAGUGAAUCUCCCAUAUUCGGCGGAAAAGAGCGAUUCUCCACUGCCAGUCCUCGAAUAAACACAGUAGUCUGGCCAUGGACACAGUAUCAGUCGGGGAUACCACGGCCGGCGCAAGCAGCAGCCAAACAUACUGACAUCGCCGCUACUGCGUCAUCGGGCCAAAACCCCCAGGACCAGCAUUUUGUUUCUGAAGACAAGGACAUUCUGUCUCCGUCCCUCCAGAGCGCUACCAUACAUAAGGCGACAAAUGCAACGUUUGUUCAGCCGACUCUCCGGCAUCUGCACAAUGCUGUAAAUCAUCGCCCAUCCCGACUCUCGACAAUGUCAACAUUCAUGCGUCCGGUAUCGAAUUACAUCGAUAGCCCUACCCCGGAAAACAUUGGUAUUGCGGUCAGUUCAGGUAAUAUAGCGACCAUGGACGCCGGCGAAGACACUAGGGUCAGGAAUGAGUCCUUCGCUCAAGAUACUGGGGUCAAGGCAAAUGCGCGGCGAAGUGUCGAUAGGAAGCGGGUCAACGGUGCUGCUCGUGAAUCCGUUGUCUAUCGGGGAACCGAGGCUGCUUCCCCGUCACUUGCUGCUGUUUCUGGUUCCAUUGGCCUUUCUGGUUCUGCCUAUGCCCAAGGACGGGCUCGUAUCAAAGCCCCAUAUGGCGUUGGCUCUUAUCUUCGUUCUUCGUCCACAACAGCUUUCACUGGGAACUCUGGGAAGAGAGUGUCAUCGGUGUUGACCGAGAUGAAUCCUUUUGAGGAUUCAGCGUACGGAGUCCCGCCUAUUCCUGCUCUGAGAAGGGCGCCGGACGAGCAAGGUGGGGGUACUAAGGCGCUGACGGUAGCAUUAGGGCUGGCUUCACCGCUGCCGUCGUCCCCAGACCCGUUUCAAGAACCUCCUAUGGCAGGUGGGCAGAAGAAGCUCCCGACGGCUCACACGAAGCUCAGAAGUCCAGUGGAAGCAUCGACAUCCCUUGGCAGUUUGAUGUUGUCCGAUUAUAGGGCGUCUAAGACCGAACCAGAUUUGGUCGCUAACGCCUACUCUGACGAUGGGAACGCAGACCGAUACUCCACGUCAAACUUCCGUAGGCGGGCAGAUGACAAGCCUCCUAGAGUUCCAUCGCCUCCUCUAUUCCCAUCCCUGACUCAAAUGGCGCUCGCUCAUGGCAACCCCGAUGACUACGCUAACUACAACAGUCCGACGUACAGCAUUUAUGGGUUAUACGACCCGGACAGGAAGAGCCGGCCUGAUGGGGUAUAUUGA